CCAGCAUUUUCCAGUGUGGAGUACCGUGGAGGGGAUUCAGAGCUGCGGUAUGGCAAGUUGGUCCUACUGUUGCGUGCCAAGAAGCUGGGUGCGGACCUGGGAGACGCUGAGCGUGAGGUGGCAUACAUCAAGCCAUGGAAGCGGGUUGGUGUGGAUGGGCCUACAGGCUGUGUGCAGCUCCAAGAGAUGAGUAGGCCCGAGGCUCACGAUGUUGUACCUAUUACCAGCAUUGUCCGCACUGUGCAUGUUGUGAGGUCGUUUGAGCGCCCACGCAUAUGGCUGCUGAAUAAAUGGGCCGAUGGGUUGCGAAAAGGUGGGGUGUGAGUUCUCGCCAAUGUGUGAGGCUCAUGUGACGUCUUGAUAUUUCCUGUAACGGUUUGUACUGUUGCUCGGGUUGUUGUGGAUUGUUGGGGCUUAGUCGCCGAUUUUUGUUGGACGUGCGUGUGUGUCAUUUUGAGUUGCGUAGUAUUACUCUCUAGCAUUCAUUUGAAAAAAAGGA